CUUCCUUCCCUCCAACUCUUACAAGGAGUACUUUUUACUUGGAGUCACUGAUUUCUUUCUUCCUCUUCCACCAGGUCUCAGAGUCAUCAACAGGGCUUCCUAGGCGCAAAGGGCAGGGUUCCAUAACAUCAAAUGAUAAAAUUCCAAGUGGAGCCUCCACCAAGCAUCCAAGUACUGACGAGGCUAUAGAGUCUGCCAGUGGUUUUAGCACAGAUAAGACCUUCUCGGGAACCAGUGGCAUAGGAUACUCCUCUGAAGGGGUUACUGGCAGGGAACGAAGCAAAGGUGCGUCUGCUACUGGGUUUCCUGGUAGAGAACAGCGCUCAAGGGCCCGUGAAGAAGCUGGCCUAACCAAACCCCAUCCCCAGUUGAGAGCAGAGUCAGAUCGUCGCCGGGCUAGAGAGCAGCACGGCUUAGCACAUCUACGCAGAGAUGAACGAGAUGCACACCUUGGCCCAGUUUAUCAGGACGUAUCCUCCGCCACCUUGCCUAGAGAUCGGCAUGGUCAUGUGUCCCCAGAUCAGCAUGGGGGAGUGCACAUUAGCCAGGGUCAAAUCUAUGCAUGGCCAGAUCAACAUGGAUUAGGACCACUUGGCAUGGAUCAGCCUGCAUUGCUACAACCUAGCACUUAUGUACAUGGUGUGGUACCCCUCACUGUGGGUCAGCUUGGAGUGAUGCCACCUGGCAUGGAUGAGCAGGAAUUGGUACUAGCUGGCAUGGCUCAGAGUGAUGCAGUGCCACCAUUGGUAUCUGGCAGAGAUCAGCAAGGAUUGGAACUACCUAGUACAGACCAGCCUGGUAUGGUUCCACUUAGCGCACAUCAGCAUGAUGUGAUACUUCCUGGCAUAGACCAACAUGGUAUAAAACAGGCUGGCAUGGACGAGAGUGGUAUGGAACCGCUUGGCACUGAUCAGCAUGGAUUGGUACCUCUUGGUGGAGAUCAGCAUGGAUUUGUAAUAUUUCGCACGGAUCCGCAGGGCUUGCUGUCACCUGGGUUGAUGCAAGUUGCUGCAGAUCAGCAAGGUUUUGUACAGCCCGGUUUGGGGAUAUCUGGCUUCAUACAACCUGGCACAGAGCAGCAUGAUAUAAUCCAGCCCAGUGCAGGUCAGCCUGCUUUGGUCCAACCCAGUAUAGGUCAGCCUGGUUUGGUGCAGCCUGGUGCAGGUCAGCCUGGUGCAGGUCAGCCUGUUUUGGUGCAGCCUGGCGCUGCAGGUCAGCCUGAUUUGGUGCAACCUGGUGCUGCAGGUCAGCCUGGUUUGGUGCAGCCUGGUUUGGUGCAACCUGGUGCUGCAGGUCAGCCUGGUUUGGUGCAGCCUGGUGCAGGUCAGCCUGGUUUGGUGCAGCCUGAUGCUGCAGGUCAGCCUGGUUUGGUGCAACCUGGUGCUGCAGGUCAGCCUGGUUUGGUGCAGCCUGGUUUGGUGCAGCCUGGUUUGGUGCAACCUGGUGCUGCAGGUCAGCCUGGUUUGGUGCAGCCUGGUGCUGGUCAGCCUGCCUCGGUCCAACCCGGUGCAGGUCACCCUGGUUUGGUCCAGCCUGGAAUGUAUCAGCGAGGUUUGGUCCCGUCUGGUGCACGUCACCCUGGUUUCGUGCAGCCUGGAAUGUAUCAGCGAGGUUUUGUGCAACCUGGAAUGUAUCAGCGAGGUUUCGUGCAGCCCGGUGCAGGUCAGCCUGGCUUGGUGCAGCCUGGUGCAGGUCCACAUGGCUUUUUUCAACCUGGUGUAUCUACGCCUGGCUUGAUUCCACCUGGUACAUAUCCACCUGGUCUGGUACAGCCUGGUGCCUAUCCACGUGGUUUCAUGCAGCCUCGUGCCGAUCAGCGUGGUUUGGUUCAACCUGUAAUAGAUCAGCAUUGGUUGAGGCAAUCUGGUACAGAUCGAGGCUUGAUACCACCAGGCCCAGAGCUUCAUGGCUUUCCAACAUACCAUGCAGACCCUCGAAGUUUUAUAUCACCACGCCCAUACCAGCAUGGUGUGGCACCUCCUGGCAGAGAUCAAUAUGGUCGGGGGUCACCACUCGUAGCCAGUCAAGGUUUGGCAUCACCAGGUAUAGACCGAGAAGGUUUAGUACCACGAGAGACUUAUCAACAAGGUUUGAUGCGUCCUGGCCCAGACCAGCAUGGCCCAAAACCAUUACGCACGAAUGUGGGAUCUGCACGCCAGGAUCAACAGCAUUUGGAAACACCAGAGCAGCAUGACCGGGCACAUUCUGUCCCAGACUCCCAUGGCCCAGGGUACCAAGAUGUAGAUCAGUAUGUCGAGGUAGGUUUGGAUCCAAAUGAAAUACGUGACUCAAUCCGACCUGGAGUUUCUGUUCAGACUUCACCAAGCCAAGACGCCCCCUUUCUCAGGAACACACACUCCCUUGGCUGUUUACACCGAGGCUCAUCAGAAAGGAGUGAUGUUCAGGGUGAGAAACGUGAUUCACUGGAUAAAUUGGCUCCUAGCUUCCCCACGGCAGUGGAAACAUUUCAUCUGAUGGGAGAGCUUAUCGGCCUCUACGUGGAGCUUAAGGAGAACAUAAAGGAUCUGGAGGAUGAACAAGCUGGCCAAACAGACUUGGAGAAGAUCCAGUACCUGCUGGCACUGAUGGUCAAGAAGUCCAUACCCACUGACCUGCAGGAACAGCUGAAGACCUUAAAGGCCUUGACCAAAGAAGUUCAGCAGGAAAAAGCAAAACUGGAGAAGAUGAACAGGAUCCUGGAGGGUGAGGGGGAGCAAGAAACAGGAAAGGAGGUGAAAGCUGGCCAGCUGAGCCUGCAGCUGGGAAUCCUCAGAGUCACCGUGGCUGACAUCGAGAAGGAGCUGGCGGAGCUGAGGGAGAGUCAGGAACGGGGCAAGGUCAGCAUGGAACGUUCGGUCUCCGAAGCCUCCCUUUACCUGCAGGAUCAGUUAGACAAGCUCAGGACGAUCAUCGAGAACAUGCUGGCCUCGUCCUCCACGCUGCUGUCCAUGAGCAUGAGCGUGGCCCCGCACAAGCUCCUGACCACCCUGGCACCCGGCCAGAUCGACCCAGCGGCCACCUGCCCAGCCUGCAGCCUGGACCUGAGUCACCAGGUCAGCACGCUGGUGCAGCGCUAUGAGCAGCUCCAGGACAUGGUCAGCAACCUGGCUGCCUCCCGGCCCUCCAGGAAGGCCAAGCUGCAGAGCCAGGAUGAAGAGCUGCUGGGCCGCGUCCAGAGCGCCAUCCUGCAGGUACAGGGCGACUGUGAGAAGCUCAGCAUCACCACCGGCAGCCUCAUCGAGGACCAUCGGCGGAAGCAGAAGGACAUCGAAGUGUUGUACCAGGGUCUGGAGAAGCUGGAGAAGGAAAAGGCCAACAGGGAACACCUGGAGAUGGAGAUCAACGUGAAAGCCGACAAGAGUGCCCUGGCGGCCAAAGUGAGCCGUGUCCAGUUUGACGCCACCACGGAGCAGCUGAACCGCAUGAUGCGGGAGCUGGUGGCCAAGAUGAGCGGGCAGGAGCAGGACUGGCAAGAGAUGCUGGACAAGCUCCUGGCGGAGAUGGACGGCAAGCUGGACCGCCUGGAGCUGGAUCCAGUGAAGCAGUCACUGGAGGAUCGCUGGAAAUCCUUGCGACUGCAGCUCAAAGAGCGUUCUCCGCUCUACCAGGCGGACGAGGCAGCCGCCAUGCGGAGGCAGCUCCUGGCACAUUUCCACUGCCUCUCAUGUGACCGUCCCCUGGAGACGCCUGUGACUGGAGAAGUCAUCCCCCUGACUCCUGUGGGCCCAGGCCUGCCCGGGCACCAGUCCACCCGCCCCUACACGGUCUUUGAACUGGAGCAGGUCCGGCAGCAGAGCCGCAACCUGAAGCUGGGCAGCGCUGCCUUCCCCCGGGGCAACCUGGGGCAGACGGAGCGGAGCGUGGGGCGCCUGCGCAGCAUGCACUCCAAGAUGCUGAUGGACAUUGAGAAGGUGCAGAUCCACUUCGGGGGCUCGGUCAAGGCCAGCAGCCAGAUGAUCCGCGAGCUGCUGCACUCCCAGUGCCUCAGCUGCCCCUGCUACAGACGGCUGCCCGACGCGGCCGAUCACACCUACCCGAGGGCGGCCCGGCGCUGCGGGGGCAGCCACACCCUCACCUGCCCCUCCCGCCGCAGCCGCCUGCAGCACCUGGCACAGGGCCUGUACCCCACCGAGGAGAUCCAGAUCGCCAGGAAGCACGACGAGGUGGAUAUCCUGGGCCUGGACGGACAUAUUUACAAGGGACGGAUGGAUACAAGGCUGCCGGACAUCCUGAACAAAGACAAUUCGGGGAUAAAGCACAAGGCCAAGCAGUCCCAGCCCCACGUGCACCGGCAGCGGUCGCUCAGCGACAGCACUCAGCUGCCCUCACGGCCCCAGAGCGCUCAGAUGCUGGCUGGCAACAACUCAGGUCCUUCUCUUCAACGGAAAGACAGACCCAUCUCCACCGAGGGGCGCCUCUCCCAGCCGAAUACAGCUCACCUGCCCAGUGAGAUGGCAGACCUGCCGGCGGGGCUGGAGAUGCACAUGGACGUGCCUCCUGGGGAGGGGCUCGAGGAGCCGCCCGGGGGCCGCGGUCCGCCACUUCUCACUGAGCAGAGCUAUAAAUAAAUGCUGAGGAAGAA